GAUACAGGUACAGAAAACGUACAUCUGAGUCUGGGUAAUGGAUCGCAUAACAUCAGCUCCUUGAAUACUUUGAAACAAAUUUUAAUAUUUAUAUUCAUAUAAUAAAUUAGUGAUCAUGAAUUCGUCAUUGAAUAAUGAGCAUGUUAGUCUUGAAAAGGAAAUUGAUGCUUGCACUGUAUCAUCCAGCCGAAACCCGUUAUUAUGUUUUUUGUGUGAAGACUAUUAUAACGAUCCGUGUAUUUUGAUUUGUUUUCAUACUUUUUGUGCAAAAUGUAUCAAAGUUCGAAUCCAGGAUAACAAAAUAAAUUGUCCAUUAUGCGGAACACAAACUACUUUGAAAGAUGGGACUCAACUACCACCACAAGAUUAUUUGAUGGUAAAGCUUAUCGAGAUGGUCAAUAUAGAAAAUCCACCUUGUGCUAACUGCGAUAAACGUGACCCAUCUUCUAUGUAUUUUUGCUCCACUUGUGGUCAAGCAUUAUGUAAAUCUUGCCGAGAAAACACUCAUCGAGCCAAAAUGUUUUCAAAACAUGACAUUGUUCAAAUGACUAAAAGACUAACUGAACAAACUGAAGUAUGUUCUAAGCAUGAUGAAAAAAUCACUUACUUUUCAAACAACCAGAGACAUGUAAUUUGUACUAGUUGUGUUCUAGAGAAACCAAUCGAAAGCCGCAAAUCAUGCGUCGAUAUUGAUGUAGCAUAUAACCAAAACCUAAAAAAAUUGGAUAGAGCUUUACUUUCAGUUUAUGAUAUCCAAAACUCUAUUCGAGAAGGCGUUGUAGCUUGUCAUACGUUGUUAGAAGAAUUAAGGCAAAAUACAGAUACGGAAAAAACAACAAUACAUAACUUUGUUCAAACUCUUCACGAGGCUAUCAAUAAAAUACAAACUGAUAUGCAUUUAGAAGUUCAACGUCAAUAUGAAAUAAAGGAAAGAGCUUUUCGCAACCAGCUAUUAACAUUAAGUGCUGUAUUACCAAUUCUUCAACACCAUAUUAUUUUGUGUAGAAACUUCGUAUCAAGUUCCAAUAAAUAUUAUUUUCUCGAGAUUGCUUAUUUGAUGCUUGAUCGAUUAAAUACAAUAGUAAAGAUCCCGCAGCCAACAAAACCUUUGCUUACAAGUACAGUAAAAACUAACUAUCGUUCAGAAUUUGCACAAUGCUUAGAACCUUGGUUUGGAAAGGAAGAAAUUCAAGAUUCUGGAAUUUACGAAUCAUCCAAAAACUUAUCUAUCUUAAAUGCAAAAUCAAAAGACAAUCUAAAUUUUUCUCAGUCAACAUAUCCGUCAAAAAAACAACAUUCUGCGCUAAAAGCAAAGGCUUUGGAAGGUGAAGGGCCAUUUUCAAAUCAUUGUAGAAGUUUUGAAUCUCAAAUAAAAGAGCUAGGGACUCAAUUAUGUUGUGUCAAAGAUCGACUUAAUGAACUACAACGAGAAGUAAAAGCUCUCCAAGGAACAAAAUCACCAGCUGUACCACCUUUAAUUUUACGCCAUCAAAACAUAAUAAAGGACUGCCUUCGUUUAAAUGACACUCUUGAAAGGAAUCGCGUCGAAUUAGAGCGUUUGAGGUCCGUUUUUCAAACAAUAUGGCAAGAGCAAUUGUACCGAAUUCAUGUCGAACAAGAUAUAUUCCACUCACAAAUGGCCGAUAUUGUGACUUUACAAAGUGAAGUUAAACAAUUAGCAACUCUUGCACAACAAUUGGAUCCUUACGUAAAACGUUUGACAUCUAAACCGAGUAAUAACGAAAUUACAGAUUUGAAAAUCUUACUGGACAGGCUAAGUUCACUUCAACAAUCUCAAAGAUUUUCAUUUGGUUGUCCUAAAAUGGACUCCCAUUGCAUGAGUAGUUCAUCACUCAUAUCAGAAACAAAUUACGCGAAAGAUAAUCGUCCAGAUACACCUGUCAGAGAAAAAGAUCAACAAAUUUUAUUUAUUCAUAAAGCACAAUCAACAAAAAGUGUUCUAUCACACAUAGUAGAUAAGGUAUGCGUUCGAGAUAAAACGUGUCAAGAAUUCAGGGAAAGGAGUAAAUCUGAAGGACGUAUUAAAGAAUGUCCUGUGACAAGACCAAAAUCAAAAAGUGUUGUUGAAGAAGAGUGUGUUAAGAAUACAAGAGCGUGUUCAUUGUAUCAAAUGAUAGAUAUUCGCGGAGUACAACAUUUGACAGCUCAGUCAACAUCUAAUAUUCACGAAAAAGAUCCUAAUAUAGAAUUAUGUGACAAAUUAAGAGAAUAUUUAAAAGAUCAUUUAAAAAAAAAAUUGAAUGUUGAAAUAUUUGAUGAAGAGGCAAAAGGUUCCCGAAAAAUUGAAAAAAAGCCAUACGAUUACUAUACAGAAGGGUUUCUUGGAGAAGUUGAAACAAUAAGCUGCGAAGGGUCAAAUGUUUGUAAAAACCAAGGGAUUAAAGUACAUAAAAAAAAUAUGUCAUCAAAUCAAGAAACUAUGGUAGCACCUAAUGCUGUAACAAGAAAACAUAGACGUUAUCCACACUCAGACACCGAGGAUUGUGGUAUAACUGCCAUGUAUCAAGAGUCAUCUUUUAAACGAAUCUCUACUCCAGAUGAUGAAAAAUCAGCUCGAGCAUCUAAUUCUGUUCGUUGUCGUUCCAGAAAAACUAAUAGUGUGCGAAAGCAAAGAUCUUGGGAAACAUUUCCAACACGAAAAAAGUCAGUUAUUCCAGAAGCAAGUAAAUUUUGCCAUGAUCCAGAAUCAUUUCGUAGUCAAUUUAAUUUAAACGCUUUUCAAGAUGGAAUAAGGAAAGCUGAUAGUUUUGAGGGCCACGAAGAAGCUGUUAGCUCUCUUGUUAGAGAAUUUCAAAAAGUUAGAACGUUAGAUAGAAAAUCGAAUAAAAUGGAAUAGACAUAAAUUAGUAUAAAUUUAUAUCAAUUUUAAUUUUCCUCUAUAAUAGGUUAUAUUAAUUUUAAAAAUAUUUAAAUACGAGUUGUGCCAAAGUACAGAACUACAUUUAACAAUUUUGCUAGCCCAGAAAUUCAUGAUUUAUUUUUUUAAGCAUAACUAACUACGUCAAGCAGUUAUUUUAUUAAAUUACAAGUAUGUUAUGUAUGACAUUUAUUUUUUAUUUAUAACAAACCUACGAAUCCAAUAGAAUGUACAAUAAUUUAAAAAUAACAAUUAACAAUGAAUUUCGUUAAAAUUAUUAAAUUUUAUUACUUUAUAUGAAUGCACAAUGAGUUAAUAGA